AAAACAUACAGGUGCGAUGUCUUCGAAACAGAUUGGUCCUGUUACCAGGGCCUGGUACAAGUGGAAAGCUCUCCGCCUACCAUGGCGGAAACGUUUCCUCAUGGGUUUUGAUCUCCAAGGAAACACAUACUGGGAGUUUCGACUUGUGCGCGGCGCCGAGAGCCGUGAGCGCUGGCGGCGAAUUGUUCAAUAUCCAGGAUCAACACAUCUUUCUUCUGUAAAGGUUAGCCCGAUGUGGCAUCAAUGGUUACGACACACACGAGAGGAACCUCCGACAAUUGAAGAACAGCAGGACGACGUCGUCCGCCAGGCGAGAAUGAAGACACUUGCUGCUCAGGCAGACGCUCGAUGGGAGGCCAAACCGCGGGUUAUGGAAGCACCACAGGCUGCUCCGGCACCUUUGCUGCAACCAGCCAAUGCUAGCCCCUCGGGACAGGACAGCAAAACUGUCCAGGCCGAUGCGGGCGCGAAAAAUAUCAAAGAUGAGGUCGAAAAGAAGGAUGACCCUUGGGCAAAGGCCAAGGCGAGUGCGCCAGGCGAGACAUGGCAGCCUUCUGCUUGGACUCCUCCGGCAACCAAGAGGCGUUGAAGCAGGCAUUAAUCGCGUGGUUGAUCCCUGCAAGUUGCUUUGCAGCGUUAUGGAUACCGCAUUAAUUGUAACUAUACUGUACAAGAGCGAUAAAUGAGAACAGACACGAGGCAAGCUCGUGGAGGUAAAUAUGGGGGUAUCAUCAUUCAUUACGACAUUAUGUCUAUAUA